CGAUCACUGGCCAAAACGGCAGGUACGCCCGUAAGGAAGGCGCCUGCGGUAGUUGGAAUACUGGCAACACUGGCAACACCCGCAGCAGCCGUGAGUGGGGCACAGGAUUGUGUGUGUACUUAUGGAUGUGACUGACAAGCCGGCGAGUGCCGCAUUGGACAGAAGACGCACAUCAUGCUUUCGCUGCCGCAUCUGCUCUCUUUCGUCGCUGCCACACUCUGCGUGCUGGCAAGCCAAUGCGACGCCGCUCAUGGAACAUCCGGGCCUCGAUGGCUGAACGAGCUUCCUGCGCGUCUCUUGUUCUCCAACUGGACGGGUGCCACGGUGCGCUGUUUAGCCGAGGGAGAGCCGCGCCCUGACGUCUGGUGGGUGAGCGCCGCUGAUGGGCUGAACGCCAGCGCGCUGCCAGUGGCCUCCCGAGCUCAACUGCUCACCGUCCACGAUGGCACGCUCACCUUCUUGCCCUUCCGCGAGCACCAGUUCCGUGAGGGAUUACAUCGCGGCUCCUUCCGCUGCCGCGCUCACAACUCCAGAGGGACCGUGCUCAGCACCGUGGUCCACGUCAAUGCGGUGGUGGCACAGGACUGGGAGCUGCGUAUGUGGUCCGCACCGGGCUCGGUGCCGCGUGGCGGCGCCCUAUUGGUGCGCUGCCCGGUACCAAGUCACGUGAGUCAUCACGUGAUUGUCACCGCCUGGGAGGAGGAACACCACAGCCCCGCACUCAUCACGCCCCGUUCACCGACCGACCGGUACGUGAUGACGUCAUCAGGUGAUCUGUACGUGCGGAGCCUGACGCAAGCUGCCCGCUUCCGCUGCCACACGGAGGACAUGCUGACCCGCCGAAACAGGACCAGCUCCACGUAUGCGCACUACCAUGCUACGGAAACAACCGGAAGCCAGACACCUUCAAUCACUUUCCACUCGGGUCACGUGACGGUAGAUCAAGGUCGCCCGACUGACCUAGUCUGUUUAGCCCAAGGCUGGCCUCCACCGAAGUUCAAGUGGUACCGCAAGCAGGGACAGAGGCUCGCGCCGGUGUCGUCCUCGCCUGCACCAACGGUUCUCGACGGAGUCCUGCACUGGAGCGGAGGUGUGCAGACUGAAGACGAAGGGCAGUACGUGUGCGUCGCCUCCAACACCUUGGGAGAGGUCAGGGCAACGCUACAGCUCUCAGUCAUCGGAGACUUGUCGGUCAGCAUCCGUCCACGCCUGGUUCGGGCCGAGGCCGGCGAUUCGGUGUCGUUUCAGUGCAACGCGACCAGUAGUGAAGCGUCGCUCGAGUGGCGCCUGAACGGUUCGCCGCUUCCGCUGGGAUUCCAGCGGCUCGAGCGAGGGUUCGUGCGAAUAGCAGCUGUGGCACGGCACCAGGGUGGCAUGCUGCAGUGCUUCGCUACUUCCAGAGACGGGCGCAAGGCAGCGCAGGCUACGGCGGAGCUCGUAGUUGGAGAGCGGGCUCCACGUCUGGAGCGAACGUACGGCACAUCAGGAAGCCUAAGCCCCAAGUCUCCCGCAAGCCUAGGGUGCCGGGCGUCGGGUGACCCGGCGCCCACAAUUACGUGGACGUUGGACGGUGCAUGGCCCGUGUCCGGAAGCGGCCCGCGUUUGCGUCUCUGGUCGACCAGCGACUCGGCGACGGGCGAUGCGGUUAGCUUCCUCAACUGGACGUCGGUGGAGACGUCGGACUCGGGCAAUUACCAGUGCGUGGCGAGCAACGCCGCGGGACGAGCGGUGCACGACUUCAGGCUUGACGUGCGGGGUCCGCUCUUCACGCGGCCGGCCUACAACAUCACGGCACUCGACGGACACCGCGCGGUGCUGCGGUGUCCAUUCGGCGGGUACCCGUACGACAAGAUCACCUGGUUCAAAGAUGGCAGUGAGCUGCCGGUAAACCAAAGGCAGACCGUGUUCCCCAAUGGCACGCUGCUGCUAGAGACGCUGACGAAAGCCAAGGAUUCCGGGGAGUACAGCUGCUCCGUGGACAGUCCCGCGGGUCCCGCUGUGCAGCAGGCCAUCCGGGUCAUCGUCAGAACCGGCCCGCAGAUCACGCCAUUCCGUUGGCUGGACGAACUUCAGGAAGGCAUGCGAGCCGGGCUGAGUUGCUUCGUGCACGCCGGCGAGCCACCCAUCGUCAUCGAGUGGCUCAAGGACGGCGCGCCUUUCACCAAAGCAGUGCGCCAGGACGGUUUCAUGUCCACGAUAUCAAUGGACGCCCUUACGCCUCAGGACAACGGCAACUACACCUGCCGCGCAUCAAACGCCUGGGCAACCGCCAGCCACAGCACCGUACUCAGAGUCAAAGUGGCCCCCAGCUGGAGGUCGGAACCCAAGGACGUCGUUGCAGUCACCGGUCACUCGGUGGUCGUCGACUGCCAGGCCGAAGGGGAGCCACCGCCACACAUACGCUGGAAGACGGCGUCAGGUUGGGAUGGCGGCCCGUACCGCGCCCUGGUGAGCACCUCCCGAGUGCACGUGCUCGUCAACGGCUCUCUGAGCGUGCGCAGUCUGGAGACGGGUGACGCGGGCCUCUACCUGUGUGAGGCCUCCAACGGCGUCGGCGCAGAGAUCUCCAAGGUGGUGCGCCUCACCGUACGCAGCAGCCCCCGUCUCUCGCCCAAGGAGUCGACCACAUCUGCCAAGCGAGGAAGCACGGUGCACCUCCAGUGCGAGCCGGAGGCUGGAGACACGCCCAUGCGCCUCUGGUGGCACAAGGAUGGAGUGCCCGUCGCAGCUCUGGGAGACCACAGAUACACGCAAACGGAGCACACUGACGUCAAGAGGCCCAAGUCCACGCUGACAAUCACGAACGUCCAAAAGUCUGACGACGCCGUGUUCACGUGCCACGCUUCCAACGACUACGGAGAGGACACAAAUAACGUGCAGCUGACAGUGCAAGAUGUACCCAGCGUACCCGAAAGCUUACAAGUCAGCGAGGCGUCCAGCAGAUAUGUCCGGCUCACCUGGACAGAGCCUUUUAAUGGAAACCUUCCUAUAUCACAGUACCUGCUGCGAUGGACAAACAAAGAAGGGACGUGGGAGGACAGCGUGGCGGUGUCUGGCACCGAGACAAAGGUCACCGUGCGGGGUUUGGUGCCCGCAGCCUCGUACCUGUUCACCGUGCGAGCGGAGAACGCGCUGGGUCCCGGUGGAUACACCUCGCCCCUGGAGGUACACACCGACGACGAACCUCCUCGCAAUGCACCGACGAGUGUUCACCUAACGCCGAUCGAUUCCAGGAGCAUCGCGAUAAAGUUUGAGGACGUUCUGUCCUCGCCCGGACAAUCGGGGCCCGGUGGCAGCAACCGCGUGGAUGGUUACUACGUGGCUUACAGGCGCGAGGGCUCGCCAGAGCCCCUGCGCUACCAGACGCUGCACGAGCGAGAGGGUGUGCUCACCGGCUUGGACAGGGACACCCGCUACGAGGUGCUCGUGCAGGCGUACAACUCCAAGGGACCAGGGCCUCCGUCCAGGACGCACUCUGUGCGCACGCUAGUUGCCGAUCCUCCUCCGCCGCCGACGUACCGGGUGGUCGGCACCUCUGCUCGGACCAUCUCGUUGGCGUGGGAGAGGCCGGUCAUCGCUUUCGAUGAUCCCCCCAUCAGGACGUACUACGUCUCGUGGCGAGUGGAAGGCGACGAGCAUCCUUGGCGAGAGCAGUCGGUGGGCGGCGACCGCACAAACUUUGCUCUCUCGGGCCUCGCGUGCGGUACCAGGUAUCAACUGCGCAUGCGCUCCGCCAGCGACGUGGGACGAGGACCCGAAGGGAACAUGGUCACCGCCUCUACUGAAGGAAACCGCCCGGUGCUUCAGCAACCGGACCGCCUAGUCGACAGCAACUCCAGCGCCGCCUGGCUGCACCCCGAAGCGUGGUGGCACGGCGGAUGCCCCAUCAGCCACUUCACCGUCCACUACAGACGCAGCACCGAAGCCGACUGGACGCUGGUGUCCAGUCACCUGCCAUACAGGCUCACUGAUGAGCCGCUGGUGCUCGCCGAUCUCGAGCCGGGAUCCUGGUACGUGCUCCUCAUGGUGGCCCACAACGACGCCGGCAGCACCACGGCGCAAGUCAACUUUGCCACGCUAACAUUGUCCGGAGACGUGCCUUCUCAGAAGCCGCACCUUCUGGACGCCAAGAUGGCGUCCUUCUAUCGUCACUUGACCGUAACGCUGCCCAUUGGCAGUUCGGUGCUGGUGCUCGUCGUGGUGCUCGCCGUGCUGUGGUGCGUUCUACGCCGGCACGCGGAGGACGCAGCAGUGGCGCACGGUACGCCGCAAGGAAGCAUGUCGGGCGAGCGUUACAAGAGCGAGGUGCUGAGCUCCGUGGAGCCCACGUACUGCGGCGGCAACGGCGGCUCGUCCCGGGGAUCGUCCGCGUACGCCGUUCCGCAUAGGGUUUACGACGUGCCUUACGCCCACAAGAGACCAGGUGAACACAUAGCCAUACAAUCAAGAAAAUCUCAAACUGCCACAGGCUUAAGUCGAGACGGGUCGGAGCUCUUCUACGUUUCCAGCAAGUGCAAAGCGUUCGACGAGGACGACAUGCACAGGUUAUGACGCGUGGUUCGAACUUCUCUGCGACUUUCCAGGACGUGCGAGUAAGCAACGCUGCUGAAGGAUAAUCAAGAAAGGUGUUGUCAAUAGACCAAGCCUGCGCCGUGACGAAGGUGCUCAUGAUUACCAUCUCCAACUCUGCAUCAUCUAGCGUUUCCAAAAAGUUCAGACGCGCCGAGGCUGACGACAAGCUACACUCAACUUUUAUGAAAGACUUUCACUGCAGGGAACCUGAGAUCGCAAGCUGUGUCGCGAAAAAGCCCUUGGGGAGAAUACUAAAAUAAUGACAAAAGCAAGACAAACGUCGUAUAAGCGGAACCAAUUGAUCUGCGGCAAAAACACGUUGCGUAGCGUCCUUGGCUGUUAGAUACAAGGGAGCUAGCUGCCCGUGCGAUACGCCGUACUCAUUAUUCCCAGCAGGCGUCUCUACAUCGAUGACCGUACACACCACAGCGGUGACGGCAUGAAACGCGUGUGGUGCGCAUGUUCGAAAUUACGAAGCGACCAAAUCAUGGCCCCGCGUUUACCUAUAGGCACUGAACUUCGACAACAUUGAGCACGACGUAACAUCUGACGGCUAAACCUAAAAAAAGCAGUUUCUCACUGCCAGACAUAGACUAUUCAUUCCGUGACACUUUGACACAAAUACUUUAUAUUAACGCUGCUUUUUUUUACAAGCACAACCAUUGUCGGCAAGGAAACUGAACGGGUGCGUCACUCUCAGCUUGAGAAGUGACAAUUUAUGUCAACAUUUUCUCAUAAAUGAGACAUCGCUGCUCCUGCAAGUGCGCGUUUCGAAGAAGAGAUGACAUUCUGACACAGCCGAGUAGCUGUCUCUCUGAAUCUAGGAUCCAACACAAUCACACGCACUUUGAGACGAGACCGCGCUCGCCAUCUCCCGCACUCGCUCGCUCAUAAGAUGCAGCCGUCCAAGGCAACAAAACAAUCAGACACGCUGCAUCGUAACACACAAAGGGACCCAGCUCUGGCGCGCGCCUAUAAGUCAUUGUUUUUACGAUAAUUCGCGUUUCUUUAUUUGUUCAAAAAUUUUUAAAUCCUGCUUCCGAAGUCGCGGUCCGCAACUGUCUCCGGUUUAAGAGUGCACACAGCGCACGGAGGUAUGACACAACGUAUGUGUACAUAAACUGAAAAUCAAAACUCUUGUUUAAUAAAUUAUUU